AUGGACUCGGACCCCGUACCUUCAUCGUCACCCGGAUUUGGAACUCCCGCCUAUCCAUUCCGAAAGAACAGACCCAAUGCGCUGCCUACGAGGACAUCGGUCCUUCCCAUACUGCUCCCUCCUUCGACUCUGCGGCCUGUGGCCUUUCGUACCUUCACGCGCAAGCAUAACCUAACGAUAUCCUCCUCUGCGCUUCAAACACUAGCCACCUUCGUGGGGAAAAAUUGUGGCUCGGCAUGGCGCGAAGAAGGUCUCGCAGAAAGAGUACUCGAUGAAGUGGCCAAAGCCUGGAAGAAAGCUGGCGGUGGUGUCAUUGUCGAUGAGGGUAAGGGCGCCUCACUGAAAGCCAUCCUCCAGGCUUUAGAGAGCAAUAUGAGUGGGGGAAGGGUAGUCUCUGGGAAGCACGCCACGUCAGAUGAGGUCCCAUCAAGAACGACAAGCCCCGGCCAAGGAACCAGACGCUCUAGGGCCGAUCCGCCAAUGUAUGCAGCGGCAGGGCUGGAAGGAGAAGGUUCAACAGAAACUUCUGAUGUCCCCUCACACCCGAGACAUUGGGUUAAAGUUAUCGAGGCGUUUGAUAUACCGCGAUUGACCUAUAAUGCGGAUAAGAAAUACUUCGAAGUCGCAAGAUCAAGGCCUACCCUAUUCCCCCCAUCCUCUCACAGGACGAAUUUGUUCAGAGAUCGUUACAAUGUCAUCCAUCAACGUCUACUUCGGCAUGAAUCAUUCCAAUCACCGUCUGGUCCCUCGCGUAUCUUGCGCCAACCACCAUCUUCUUUAGCGGUUACCCAAGGCUACAAGCUCACACCAAUCGCGAAUUUACUCGGGAGAAAUGGCACAUCACACCUUAUUCUAGGUUUACUCUCAACGUCCCCAACGGGCGACUUAACACUGAGCGAUUUGACGGGGAGUAUUUCCUUGGAUCUUAGACACGCGCGGAUGGUGCCUGAAGAUGGAGCUUGGCUCGCUCCAGGGAUGUUUGUCCUCGUUGAUGGGAUCUAUGAAGAAGAGGAAAAUGUCAGGGGGUCCACUCUAGGCGGCAAUUCCGGGGUUGGGGGUGCCAUUGGAGGAGUUUUCGUGGGCGUUUCUAUAUGCGGUCCUCCCUGUGAGCGGCGGGAGACAUCUCUUGGGAUGAACAACCAACAAAGUGGCAGAGAGGUCAGUUCUAGUGGAGGACUUGGAUGGAUUGACUUUCUGGGAGUCGGAAGUGAACGUGCACGUGGCCCGCGAAUGAGGCAGAUUGAAACCAACUACCUGCGAGAUGUAGCUAAAAGCGAGCGCCGGUUAAGGGUGGCUGCUUUGGGGGAGGUCAAUCUGGAUAACAUGCGGACUCUGGACGCGUUGCGGAAGGUCUUCAGCGUCUAUCACCAAUUGCCUUCGGAAGAGCGGCCAAGCAUAUUUGUCCUGACGGGGAAUUUCGUGCAGAAAGCGAUUAUUAACAGCAGUGGCCAGGCGGGCAGCAUUGAGUACAAAGAACAUUUUGAUGCUCUCUCCUUGAUACUGUCGGAGUUUCCUUCAUUGUUGCAGCACUCGACAUUCAUAUUUGUUCCGGGCGACAAUGAUCCAUGGCCGUCGGCUUUCUCAGCUGGCGCCGCUUCCCCAGUCCCCCGCCAUUCGAUUCCAGAGUUAUUUACUACCAGGGUGAAACGUGCAUUUGCUACUGCCAACUCGCAGUCGGACUCCUCACAGUCGUCUGGGCCUCCUGGGGAGGCAAUAUGGACUUCAAAUCCUUCCCGCCUUACCCUAUUUGGGCCUGUCCAUGAUAUUGCGAUAUUCAGAGACGAUAUCUCUAACAGAUUAAGACGAAACGCUGUAAACCUCUCCCACGGCGCCGACACCGCGAUGGCUGAAGACGCGCACGCAUCUCCUGGGGAGACUACCGACCAUCUCGAACCUCACAGCCAGAGCCCACAGACAGGCACUGAUUCUAAUCCAACCCCGAGUACAACUCUUUUCGCUCGAAGGCUUGUGAAAUCGAUUCUAGACCAGGGCACUUUGUCGCCUUUCCCGCUUUCUUUGCGGCCCGUUUUGUGGGAUUACGUCUCUUCCUUACAGCUGUAUCCGCUCCCAACUGCAAUUAUUCUUGCAGAUCCAGAGGCCGCACCGUUUUGUAUAACGUAUGAGGGCUGCCAUGUGAUGAAUCCUGGCCGGCUUGUUCCGGAGGGCGAACUAUCGUUUGUCCGGUGGAUUGAGUAUGAUGCCGUCAAGAAUCGAGGCAGGGUACAGCAGGAACGCCUGUAG